GGGAGCGCGGUGCGGGUGAGAGGUCGGAGGUGGGAGAGCGGYGCCCCCGGAACGGGAAGCCGGAGCGGAGCUGUUUUCCUUUGGCUGCCGUUCUCCCGCGGCGCGCACGAGGGGUUCCCGUGUGGGCCUGCGCUUCUCCCGCCAUGAGCCUGCCCCUCAACCCCAAGCCGUUCCUGAACGGGCUGACGGGGAAACCGGUGAUGGUGAAGCUGAAGUGGGGGAUGGAGUACAAGGGCUACCUCGUCUCCGUGGACGGCUACAUGAACAUGCAGCUUGCAAACACAGAGGAGUAUAUAGAUGGUGCAUUGUCUGGACACCUGGGUGAAGUUUUGAUAAGGUGCAAUAAUGUUUUGUACAUCAGAGGUGUGGAAGAAGAGGAAGAAGAUGGAGAAAUGAGAGAAUAGGUGUUUUUUAUUUCUGGAAAUAAACUUUUCUUUUUUUUUGUUUUUCAUA